AUGAGUGGUUUCGCUUCAUCUUUGCUCAGCAAACUUCAAGGCAUUGUCAGUGGUAGCAGCACCACAACAUUUCAUGUACACGCUGGCGGUAUCAGAGGAGAUCAAGCGGUUGCGGGUCCUUCAAGCGUUAUCCAGCCGCAGGAUCGUCGAGUGAUCGAAAAGACUUACAAAUUAAUGGACCAUGUGGUAAAACAAUGUCAGCAGCCGAGACUCAAUCUGAAGAAUUCGCCACCUUUCAUUCUCGACAUUCUACCGGAUACGUAUCAUCAGUUAACGCAGAUCUUCUCGAAUGAUCCCAACUGCUUGAGAGAGAAUCUUUAUUUGAACUUGUUCCUCGAGAACGUUCAAAAUAAGUGCAAGCAGACUCUAAAGCUAUUCAAAGAGGAUCGUGAUCGUAUAUUUGAUGAGCGUUCACCGUCCCGUCGAACUCUCACCAAACUAUCACUGAUAUUUUCUCAUAUGCUUGCUGAACUGAAGGCUGAAUUCCCGGACGGUCAAUUUGUUGGUGAUAAUUUUAGGAUCACAAAGAAAGAAGCUGAUGCUUUUUGGAAAGAGUCUUUCGGCAGCAAAACUACAGUGCAUUGGCUGGAGUUCCGAUCGGCGUUAAAUAAAGUACAUAAACUGAAUACGGGUUUGGAAACAUUAGCGCUGAGAACAACAAUUGAUUUAACUGUUAAUGAUUAUAUUUCCAAUUUUGAAUUCGAUGUCUUCACAAGGUUAUUCCAGCCAUGGGGCACACUUCUUCGUAAUUGGCAACUGUUAGCAGUUACUCAUCCAGGUUAUGUGGCAUUUUUGACAUAUGAUGAAGUUAAACAAAAAUUACAAAAAUAUACAAGUAGGCCGGGAAGUUAUGUGUUUCGAUUAUCUUGUACAAGAUUAGGUCAGUGGGCUGUCGGUUAUGUAGCUCCGGAUGGAAAAAUUUAUCAAACAAUACCGCAAAAUAAGUCGUUAAUACAAGCGUUAGUUGAUGGAAGCAGAGAAGGGUUUUAUCGUUAUCCAGAUGGACGACCCGUUAAUCCAGAUCUCACACAUGCACUUCAGCCGACGCCUGAGGGUCACUUGAAGGUGACACCAGAGCAGUAUCAAAUUUAUUGUGAGAUGGGUACAACAUUUGAAAUGUGUAAAAUUUGUGCUGAAAAUAACAAGAAUGUUAAACUGGAACCAUGCGGGCAUCUUCUUUGUACGCCAUGCUUGCAGAGUUGGCAGGAGUCAGAUGGUGGUAGUACAUGUCCAUUUUGUCGUUGUGAGAUCAAGGGUACCGAAAAAAUCGUUAUCGAUUCAUUUGAUCCGUCUGUAACGAAACGUCGCCUGGGAUAUGAGACAUUGAUCGAUACGAAUACUGUGCAGAAUCGUCAGACAUGGCCACCACAAACCGACAGCGGACCGCCUCGUUUAGCACCUCCACCAGUGCCACCGAGACGUGAUUCACCAUCAGAAGGGAGUACACCAGCCAUGAGUCACAAGCAGUUAGUUAAGAGUAAUUGCACGAUUCCAGUUGAGGAUGCGGUUUGCACACAGAAUGGAAAUUUAAGUAUGAUGUCGCCUGCAGACUUAUCAGCAAGGAACGACCCCGCUUAUGUGAAUGUGAACGUCAUUGUGGCUGAAAAUGCGGAUGGAUUGGAAUACGUGAAUACGAGCACAAUUCACGGGUGA